AGUUACCAUAUUAUUUUUACACAGUUUUUUCAGCGUUGUCUUGAACGCCAAGAUGCAGGCGAGUGCAUCCAAUGCGGCAUUUAGUUACAUAACGUACUAUAUGUUAAAAGGUGAGUCCCUCUACAUGCUCUAUUUUCUAUUUACACGGUAACCUUAUACGUAUCGCGGGGAUUUAUUCCGCAUUGUAUUCAGAUGAGAAACGAAGAAGAUGCGAGCCUUGAUAAGUGAGACAUUCCACAGGGAGGAUCUUCGAUUACUUCUUAUUCCUCGCGUACCCAAAUGCGCCAUCGUAUCAUCCUCCGCUUUUAUCUCAAUAUAAAUUCUCAUCACAAGAUAAACUCAAGACGAUCAAUGAAGUAUAGCGCUCAUUGACACUGUAACAUUUAAGCGAAGCACUCUUUUUCCAAAGUGCAGCUACUCAAAUAGCGUGCAACAGUUUUUACUUCUUUUACGAAACUUCCCAUCCCGUUCCGUUCCCUUUUUUGAAAUUUGUUUGCCACUCAGCCAAGUAGCAAGUCCCAUCAGACCGAGAUCUUACGUAAUAGCAGCGCCACGAGACAGCCAAAGUAACAAGAAGGCCUAUACCACCACGAUGACGAUUUAAGUAAAGCUGUGAAAUUGACUAUGAGGGAAAGACGGUUUAUCAAAUUCGCCUCUGUGGAGUACGACGGACAACUUUACAUGACACCCCAGGAUUUUCUAGACAGCGUAGUGGAGUCUGUACCAAGACCAAGGCUCAAGAGACGCAUCCUAUCGGAUCAGGAACUGGAAGUAAUGAAAAAUGCAACGCCGUCUCUUCGCCAAGGGAAUACACACAUGUUCCGGAAUUUGCGAGACAAAGGAAUAAUUUCUUACACGGAGUAUCUCUUCCUCCUGUCGAUUCUCACAAAACCACAAACAGGGUUCAGAAUCGCCUUUAACAUGUUCGACACGGAUGGAAACGAACGCGUGGACAAGACCGAGUUUCUUGUGAUUCGACGACUGCUGGGCGGUAGUCUGAAGGAACGUGAACUCGAUGAAGCCACUAAGCGUGCCUUACGUUCCAUACUUGCUCCAAGCGAAGAGGCUUUGGCCGCCAAGACAAAACUUCGUGAAGCCCAAUUGUCCGAGACGAACGAAAUCAUCUCCAAUUCCUACAUGGAGAAAAUUUUUAGUCACGCAUGGAGGGACCGUCACGGCGUCGAGAAGACCAACGAAGAAACGGUGAGGCUAAAUGAGCGAGAAAAAAGCCCAGAGGAAGUCCAAACACAGUUCAUCGACGAUGAUCAAGGUCUGCAACGACGUCACGCGGUCGACACAACCCUUAUGGUACACUUCUUUGGCAAGGACGGUUCCGAUGAGCUGAAGUACGAUGGUUUUCGGCAGUUCAUGGAAAAUCUACAGCACGAGGUCCUCGAAUUGGAAUUUCAUGAAUUCAGCAAAGGACACGACACCAUCUCCGAAAUGGACUUUGCCAAGAUCCUUUUGAGAUACACGUAUCUGGAUACCGAGGAGUACGACAAGUACUUGGACAGACUCCUAGCUCGCUCGGAGCAACAGACCUGCAUUACCUUCAACGAAUUCCGUGUAUUCUAUCAGUUCCUGAAUAGUCUCGAUGAUUUUGCGAUAGCAAUGAGAAUGUACACUCUUGCGGAUCAUCCGAUAUCCAAAGAUGAAUUUUUGCGAGCUGUUAAGAUAUGCACUGGGACUAAUUUAUCGAGUCACAUCAUAGACACUGUUUUUGCGAUAUUUGAUGUCGACGGCGAUGGCCAGUUAUCUUACAAAGAAUUUAUUGCAAUCAUGAAGGACAGACUCCACAGAGGUUUUAAGUCUCAACCAAGAAGCGAAGGCUGGGAGGCCUUCAAAUUCUGCGUGAAACAAGAGAUGAAGGCACCAUGAAUUAAUUAAUACGACUGAACUCAGCCGUGGCACCAAGAAUCACAACUAACAUACUUAAAUACGUUAACAAAAAUCUUCUUAGCUCCUUUGAGCCAUUAUACUACAUAAAAUCUAUAACGUUUUUAUGCGCUCACAGUUUUCUCGCAGCAUCAUGGAAUUACAAUCAAAACUUGUGAUGAUAACGUUUAGUGUGAUAGUGAACAAACUUUAACUAGAAUUAAAAACUAGUCGCAUUAAAUAUGAAAGUAACUAAGUGAGAUAAUUACAACUUUCUACAAAUUUACCUAUGAACAUCAACUUGACCAAGACGUCUCAAAGUACUUGCAAAAGUAGAGAAUUACGAUUGCGCCUUACUUAAGUAAUUUAUUACUACUAUUGUAAUUAUUGUAUAAAAAUAUGAUUGAAAGUUAAGAAUGAUGCUUCAUUAGCAUUGUAAAGCGAUAAAAUUCUAAUAUAUUAAUUGUUGGAUUCACAA